CUGGCUAAAUUUUAGGCAGUGCCAUUCAUUAGGAUCAUUGUCAUCACAAACCAUUUGUCGCUACUCCACCAACCCUCCAACCAUCCAAGCUCAGCAACCAUGGCCGAACCCCGUGAACCGAUCUACGACCAGUCUUCACCGCCGCCAGCCUCAUCUGUCAUCAACUCCCGCGACUCGUCGCCCGUCCGCGGAGACGACGAUGACCAGCCUGAAGAAGAAUCUACCAAGAGAAAGGGCGAGGAGGAAUCUGACGCGCUGAAGAAGCGAAAGGGCCCGGCGCCCGGCGGUAAAGUAAGUGCCGAGAUCCUCCAGCGCCGUAAAGAGGGCCGCCUUAAGGCUGCGGCUAACAUGGCUGCUCGUCUCGAGGAGCUGGGGAUCCAGAGGCAAGAUAAGGUCAACGAUGUGGCACAGUCGCUCAUCAGGCCCAUCUCCCUCAUCAACCAGAAGAACUACUUCACCGACUACCUCAAACGUGAUGAGCAGGUGUUGUUUGUGCGCAAGAUCAGAGAAGAGAGAACCGCAAAGAGCUCCGGCACCGCCAAGCCCAAGCAGAAAGAAUUCGAUAUCGACAACUUUGACUUGAACGACUUGGUCAAGGAUGAUGAGGAAGACGAAGAGGAUGAGGAUGAGGAUGACGACGAGAUUGAUGGAAAGUCUACAGAGGCGCUCAAAUUAGAGAAAUCCGGGGCUAGAACCAUUGUCAUUCACCCGGGAACGGCUAAUUUCCGCAUCGGAUUGGCCACUGACGUGUACCCUAAAACUAUCCCCACCGUUAUUGCUGUUGCCAGCUCCCAGAAAGGUGAGAAUGAAGGAAUGCCGACCCCACACCGCACGUUACAGCCAGACGGUGAGAUCUUUAUUGACGAAGAAUUCAAGGACGUAAAGAAGCAGGUGUCGAAGGAUUUCCGCGAACGAAUGCGCUAUUACAAGCGCCGUAUCUUGCCCAACUCCCACGAACAGGUUACCAAUUACAACAAAAAGCAGCAACACCCUGAAGAUAUCCCGGACCACAAUGAUCCUCACAAGAUCGAAUGGCUCACCGAGGCGUCAUUGACCCUGCAAAACUACAUCGUCGGACUGGACGCCUUGAAACUAGCCACAUACGACCGCUUUCAGCUCCGUUAUCCGUUGGCAAGUGGCAAUUUCAACAACGACGAUAGUCAGUACCAGUCCAAGGAAGAGGUCUUGGGUGACUUGCAGCUCAUCUUGCGCUCCGCGCUUGCCCUGGAGUUAGAUAUCGGUGCCUCGCAGACCUCUGAGACCGGCGAAACCGUCGCUACUCCUUUCCUGCAAUACUCCAUCUUGCUCUUGAUCCCCGAUUUGUAUGACAAAACCUACUGCGAGGCCUGGGUGUCGUUACUCAUGCAGAUGCUGUUCAAACAGGUUGCCGUCAUCCAGGAGGCUGUUGCGGCUACAUUCGGCGCCGGGGUCCUGUCGGCCUGUGUGAUCGACAUUGGCGCCAAAACCACCAAGAUUUCCUGUGUAGAUGAAGGGAUGAUCCAUGCAGAUUCGCGUAUCCGUUUGGACUAUGGGUCUGCCAAUAUCACCGAGCUGUUUGUGAAGAUGUUACUUCAAUCGCACUUUCCGUUCCAGGAUAUCGACUUGCGCAAUCCUGCGCACUGGGAAUUUGCGGACCAGGUGAAACAAAAGUUUGUCACCUUUCUGGACGGUGACAUUGCCGUACAGUUGUACAAUUUCUACAGACGUGUCCCGAGCAAACAAGCUGCCAAGUUGGAAUUCAAGGUGUUUGAUGAGGUCAUGUUGGCCCCUAUGGGCUUGUUUUUUCCUGAGCUCUUUCAGAUUGCCGGUAAAAAUACCCGCGGGGCUAGCUUGUUCCCCGUUUCGACGGAUCAGUACACGCUGAAGCCAAAUAACCCGUAUUCCAAGGCACAGGAGACUUUGCUUGCGGGAGCUCCGUACGCGGAGUCGACUGAGGAUGUGAUUUUGGCGAAACUCACGGAGAGGGACGGUCCUGUGGCGUAUGCCAAGCCAAAGCCGGCCCACACGGCGAAUGUAAACACCUCGAAGUUGUUGACUCCGCUCGAGAAAGCCAUCAUUGAGUCCAUCACCAACGCCUGCAAAGGCGAUUUGAACAAGUUUAGGAAGAUGUACGAAAAUUUGAUGCUUGUGGGUGGUGGGGCUAAGAUCAGUGGUUUCGAUUUCAUUCUCACUGACAGAAUCAACAUCUGGAGACCACGCUUGUUGAGCUCCUCUGCAUUGUCCGAAAUAUUGCUGUACGUUACCGCGGAACAGGAUAAACGGACAGCAAGGGUUGCUGAAAAGAAAAAGCUCAGAGAAGAAAAAAAGAAGAUCAAGGAUGAUAAGGAAAAGAAGGUUAAGGGGGAGGUUAAGGUGGAAAAGGCUGACAACGAUGACGAAGAGAACCCGGAGGUGGUGGAAGAUGACGAAGAGGAUGAGGAUGAAUUGAAACUCGAUUUCGAUUUAAUAGAAGAGAUGCUUGAGGCUGGUACGACGUUGCCGGUGGAUGUGUUGGCCCCUCCAAAGGAUAUUGACCCUCAGAUUUUGUCCUGGAAGGGUGGUAGUGUGUAUUCCCGUUUGAAGAUUAUAUCUGAAAUGUGGAUCACCAGAGAGGAAUGGGAUAUGUUUGGCGGAAGAUGUUUGCACUACAAGAGUUUAUUCCACUAUUAAAGGAUACUACUCUAGCUAUUUUUUCGUCAUCGCACUUCCAUUGAUGGCUCUUGGUCGCAGCUUAGGCAAGAAUAGACUUUUCCUGAGUAUGACCUUUACAAGCCCUGGUACAUGCGUAUUGAGUUGUCAAUUAUUUGGUAUAUAUCAUUAUUCGUGUUAGCGUUAAUUGAGCAAAUACUUGAAUAAAGGUUAAGAAACUG